AGCGACUCGGGAUGUCCGUCCUGGGUACCAACACCACCUUCCUGGGGCCCGGCAAGGACCGCUCGGACAAGUCGCGGCCCAUCGUGUGGUACCAGAUGGGGCUCAACCUGGAGAGUUUCCGCAAGGGCUCGGAGCAGGCAGAGGCGCCCCAGGGAAGACAGCCGCGGCCCAGCCGGCAGCUGGUGGUGCAGCUGAGCGACACGACGUCGGUGAACGGCAGCCAGGAGGUCCGCGAGGCCCGGGGCUCUCGGCCGGGCUCCCGGCCCUCGACGCUGCGGCCGUCGGCGACCGGCAGGGGCGGCCGGCGGCAGGCCAACCUGCUCGACUUCGGCUUUAGCCGGUGACGCGUUUUUGGCGCCGGGGGGGCGCCCAGCACGCGGGUCCUCCCUCCUCGGCCUCCCUGUCCUCGCCCUCCGCCUCCCGGUCCUCCUCCUCCCCGCUCUCUUCGCCUUCCUCCACCUCCGCGUCCUCCUCGCCCUCCUCCUCGCCCUCCUCGCCCUCCUGCUCCCUUUCUCUCCUCCCCGUGCUCCUCGUCCUCAUCUUCGUCCUGCUCGUGCUCCUCCUCGUCCUUCUCCUGCUCCCCCUUCGCGCCCCCCUCCUCGGCCUCCUCCCUCCUUGUCCUGCCUCGCCAGAGGGCCUUUUGGAGGGG